CACCAUUCAGUGAAAAACAAAAUAGAUAGCAACCUCCCUCGUGUACCGAUCAGACCUCAAGUGAUCGGACUGAAUUCUUCCAGCUGCGGUUUCGGACACGCUCGGGACCUCGAGGAUUGAUCGAUCGAUCGAGAACUUAUGACUACCAUCGUCAGCUCCGCGCAGGACCUCUGGACUUCAUGGACUUUGACGACGCAAAUAUGUGUCGGGGUCGCAGUGGUGCUGUUCUCGAUCGUCGUCAUGAAAUCGAGCAGGAAAAUUAAAUACAAGCUGCCCCCUGGGCUGCCACAGCUUCCUGUUAUCGGAAACAUGCUCGACAUGAGAGGCGGAGAGAUGCAUGAAAAGUGGUGGCAGAUUGCGCAAGAAAAGAAGUGGCCUAUCAUGAGCUUCAAGUUUUCGAGUAAGCUCAUGUUGAUUGUGAGUACUCCAGAGGUCACGAAAGAGAUGCUGAUCACCAAAGGCAACGUUUUCAACUCUCGGGACAAGGACACUUUUCUGAAUCUGGCCCUGAGAAAGAGCCCUGACGGUAAGAGCGAGACGGGCGCACUCUUCACACCCCAUGGCCCGGCAUGGAAGGUCACCAGAAAGAUUAUGGUAGCCGGACAAAACGAGUUCAAAAAAAACGUCGGAGAUCAAUACAUCGUCGACACGAUACUGCCACAACUGUACUCAGAGAUCGCCGGUGAAACUUCCAUCGACGCUCGCAUUCGAGUCGCCAAAAUGACCGUCAUCCGAAUCCUGCUCGUGUUCGUAUUUGGUCCUGGAGCUGAGCAAUACGCUGAUCAAAUCGUCCCUCUGAAUGACGACCUCUUCCAUGUGGUCGACACCAACAACGCCAUCGAGUUCUUCCUCCCACUUGUCGGGAGGCAGAUGUCUUGGUUGUACUACAAGAUUUACCAACGUGGAUUGGUCGCCCGGAAGUAUAAGCUCUACGACAGCAUCUUGUCUCAGCGCGGAAUCAAGUACAAUCAGGCGAAACAAUGGUCUUUGAGUGAUAUGGUUCAGCUAGCCGAGAAGAAUGGCGAGAUCAAUCACUAUCAAGCACUACAGAUCUUCGAGGAGUGCUUCUUCGGAGGCCAGGAUACAGCAGGAGGAGCUAUCGAGGGAAUCUUGAAAAUGCUGGUGGAAAAUCAAGAGGUGCUUGUCAAGAUCCAAAAGGAGAUGGAUGAUGUUGUCGGUGUAGGGAAGCAGUUCAGGCACACAGAUGCCGAUAGGCUUCCUUACUUUCAGGCAGCUAUCAAAGAAGGUCUCAGGUUACAUCGAGCUAUCCCCGUUCUCACGCCUCACGUUGCCCACGAAGAUACCACUCUGGGAGGCUAUGACAUUCCAAAAGACACGAUCAUCACGGUAAAUUUGUGGGGUUUAGCUCGGGAUCCGGCGAGUUUUCCAGAUCCCUUUGAGGUGAAACCUGAGAGAUUUCUCGGGAAAGACACGAACUUCAGCGGAAAUGAUUGCAAGUAUGUCGUCUUCGGUGUUGGACAGCGAAUCUGUCCCGGUCAGACUCUGGCUCUCUUCAUGGUGAACGUGCUUGUAGGAAGUCUUGCUCAGAGGUACCACUUUGAAUUAGGGAACGAUUGGAAGCACAAGAGAGAUGCAGGUACUUUCUUCAAAGAGUUAGCGCUGCACCUGAAGCUGACAAAGAGGCAUGGUUUCCAAUGAUUCGCAUCAGAUUUCGAAACUUCCAGGGACACAAGGUCAUCAUCAGACUACCGACCACAGACCACAUAGCUCCCACCAGAUCGCUCAUGACAAAUCUUUGUAAAUAUAGUUGGCAUUGCCAGGAUUGUAUAAACGAUAUUUAGGAGUUUAUGAAUUUC